AUGUCUGGAGCAGAGGAGGUCUGCACGGUGCCCGAGCAGGAGAGGGAGCCCGAAGCGACAGGUUCUGGGGACCCCUCCGAAGGCAGCGAAGCAAAGGCCAAAAAGAGCCGCUCCUCCCGGUCCUCCCGGGCCGGGCUGCUCUUCCCUGUGAGCCGCGUAGACAGGCAGCUGCGCAGAGGCCGCUUUGCUGAGCGCUUUGGAGCCGGGGCCCCCGUCUAUCUGGCUGCGGUGCUGCAGUGGGUGACGCACAAGACCAUGGUCGUGGCUGGCAAGAUUUCCAAGAAGAGCAAGCAGCAGCGCAUUUCUCCAUCGCACUUGCGGACAGUGGUGCAAAAGAACUCCGUGCUCAAGCAGCUCCUGCGAGUCAGCGUGCCCAGGGGCGGCGGCAGGGCUGUCCCCCACAGCCAGCGCGUGGCCUCACCCUCCAAAAAGAAGACGACCAAGAACAGGAAGAGGUGCCCCAGACAAAGGGAUGCACCUGCCCGCGCCACUGCUGCUGUCAAGUGA